CCCCUACCGAACUUGAGCUUCUGCACAAUGGGAGUUACCCCCCUGCUGCCCCAAAAAUUGUCAAUAGAGCCCUACUCAGAGCUCAAGGAGCCGAACAAGAAAGAACCUGCAGGAGGGAAGAAGAUGCACUGCUCGAUGAAACCCUCCAUGACCUCUCAGAAUAGCAGACACCCUCGUUUUGAAUCAUCACUCUCUAGCAACGCAUCUUCUCCAUCCUCUACCCCGCAGAGAUACAAACCCAGCCUUACACCCAUGCCCUCUCCCCUCCAGCCUCACUGUCUAGCUCAUGACCAAAUGCACCUCUGGUUACCACCAGGCGAAAGCCUAUGGAAAGUCAUCUCCUCAGGCAACGAGAACAACUUCAUUAUAUCCAACGACCAGCUCAAUCGCAUACUGGAAGUCAUGGGCUCCUCCUGGGCA